AUGGCCCCCCGCCGAAAAGCCGCCGAGUCGCGCAAAAGCAACCAGGCAACCCUCCAGUUCGGCUCGCAGUCGAAGAUAUCAAAGCCCUUCUCCAAUGCCUCGAUACCCGGCAAGGACUUGAAGCAGAAGUCUACCUCGCCCAAGGAGAUCUCCCUGCCCACCCACAGCCUGCCAAAGAAGCAGGACGAGGGGCAACAACAGCUGCAAGAACCUACCGCCGAAGUCACGGCCACUCCAGCAUCCACAACUUCAACAGCCGUCGUACACGAGCAGGCCAGAGCCGAGGCAGCGUUACCAAAGUCGAAGGAAGAUGAGCAGGCAGAGGCAUUGACGUUGAAGCAGCUGCAUGCGUACUGGCGGGCGGAGGAGAGAAAGCGAACUGCCUCGAGAGCAAACAAGCAGCAGAAACAAGCUGACCGAAAUAUCUUCUGUCAGCCAUGCAUUGGAAUUGCACGGAUAAAACGCUGGAGACGAGCUCAUGCUCUCGGCCUGAAUCCGCCUAUUGAAGUCCUUGCCGUCUUGUUAAAGGGAGAGACGCGGGAGAAAGCGAGCGAGAAGGCAUACAUAGACGAGUUGCUAUCGUGA